UGCCUUUAAAAACAUCAAAACCUCUAUUGGACCAGUGAGUGCUUAGCUCUGAACCAAUCAUGUGUUAGUCUUAACAAAGGGAUCUACUCCCUCCCUCAGCCAGAGGAGGAGUAAUGAUGAGAGCUGUAGAGCGAGAGGAAACAUGAACGCUUUAUGAGACUGAUCACCACAGCGAGGAUGGGCUGAGUACACGUUUAUUUGAAAAUGGAGAACAGAAUUCUGAUGUUCUAUGGAUAUAAGACAAAGAUUUGUUGACGGGAAUAUCAGCCGCAUUAGAGAAAUGAGGCAGAGGAUCGGAGGGUGGAGAUGGGCAGCGCUUUGGCUGUUCGCUUUCUCUCUAUUGUGGAAUACAGUUGGAGCUCAGAUUCGCUACACGAUACCCGAAGAGUUAAAGGAAGGAUCUAUCGUUGGGAACAUCGCGAAGGAUCUUGGUUUUGACGUCUCAGAUAUUGCCGAGCGUAAGUUACGAAUAGCAUCUGAGUCGAAUAGGCAAUAUUUUAGUGUGGAUUCAGGGAAGGGUGAUCUGGUAGUUAAUAGCAGAAUAGACAGAGAGACGCUCUGUGGACAAAGCGCCAGUUGCCUAAUGCCACUGCAGAUCGUUAUUGAGAAUCCAUUACAGAUGCAUAAGGUAGAAAUAGAAAUACAGGAUAUUAAUGACAAUGCACCGAACUUCCAUAAUAAAGAUGGAGUAUUAAAAAUUUCAGAAUUGACUGCUCCAGGCGUGCGAUUUAACCUUGAAAUUGCUGAGGACCUCGAUGUUGGCAGCAAUAGCUUAAAGUCAUAUUCAUUGAGCACUAACAAUUUCUUCCGGCUAAAUUUAAAGACAGUUAAAAAUGGAAGGCAGAUACCAGAGCUAGUGCUUGAGAAAUCACUAGACAGAGAAAAACAGGCAGUUCACAAGCUAAUAUUAACAGCUCUAGAUGGUGGUAAUCCGGUAAAAUCGGGCACAUCGUUAUUGCAAAUAAUUGUUCAAGACUUCAAUGACAACGAACCAAAGUUUGAUGUAGCUGUAUACAAAGCAUCUGUUUUAGAAAGCGCUGUUAUUGGUUCAAGUGUAAUCAAAAUAAAAGCGACCGAUUUAGAUGAAGGUCUAAAUAGUGAAAUACAAUAUUUAUUGGCUGCGCACACGCCUGAAUUGGUAAGAAAUGCUUUUAGUGUGAACGCUGAAACCGGCGAAAUAACAGUAAUUGGAAAGCUAGAUUACGAGGCCACCACAUCAUAUACGUUUGAUGUUUGUGCUAAAGACAAAGGGAAUCCAGAGCUCGAAGGGCAGUCAUCGGUUCAGAUAGAUAUCAUAGAUGAGAAUGACAAUCCUCCAGAGAUUAUCCUGACGUCCUUACCGAGUCCUGUUCCUGAAAAUUCAACGGUGGGAACUGUGGUGGCUCUGAUUACCGUCAAAGAUUUGGACUCCGGUAAUAAUGGGAAAGUUGAGCUAAUUGUCUCCCCGGAUCUUCCCUUUAAAUUAAAGCCAACUUUCGAUAGCCAUUAUUCACUGAUAACUGACUCAUUAUUAGAUUGUGAGGUUCAUUCCGAAUAUAAUGUAGAAAUACUGGCCAUGGACUUUGGUGUUCCACCCUUAAAAACUGUGAAGACUGUAAAUGUAAAAGUGCUUGAUGUAAAUGACAACCAACCAAUAUUCUCACAGUCUUCAUAUAAUGUUUACAUAAACGAAAAUAAUCUGGCAGGCGUUUCAUUGUUUUCUGUAUCUGCAGUUGAUACUGACCAAGACAAAAAUGCUCUUCUCACUUACUCAGUUCUGGAUUUAAGUUCUAAUCAAGUUCCAGCAUCAUCCUAUUUUUAUAUAAACUCUGAGAACGGAACUAUUUACAGCAUGAGCUCAUUUGAUUAUGAGAAAAUGAAGCUAAUCAGCAUUGUAGUGCAGUCUAGAGAUCAUGGCUCUCCAUCUUUGAGCAGCAACGCCACAGUUCAUGUGUUCAUUCUGGACCGGAACGAUAACGCACCUGUUAUCAUCUACCCGUCCACAUCCAUGGGGUCUGUUACUCAUCAGAGGAUGCCUCGUUCUGCUAAAGCAGGACAUCUCGUUACUAAGGUGACAGCAGUGGACGCGGACUCGGGUCAUAACGCCUGGCUGUUCUACAGGCUCGCGGAGGCCACGGACGCGUCUCUGUUCAGUGUCAAUUUACAUACGGGAGAGGUGAGAACUAAACGCGCUGUUUCAGAGCACGAUGACUCCUCGCAGAGACUGGUGAUAGAAAUAAAGGAUAAUGGAGAGCCGAUCCAGUCCACAACUGUCACAGUGGAUAUACUGAUAGAGGACGGCUUUCAUGAGCCCAUCUCAGACUACAGAGAGAAAAUUAUCGAACCCAACAAGAAAAGCAGCAAAAUUACAUUAUAUCUGAUCAUCUCUUUGGCUUCUGUAUCCUUGUUUUGUCUGUUGACGUUUUUCAUCUUACUGGUGAAAUGUGCGCGAGGCAGUAGACGCGGCUCAAGCUGCUGUAUCAGGAGAACAAAUUCUGAAUACAAGAACCCCAACAGAAACCUGCAGAUCCAGCUCAACACUGACGGGCCCAUUAAGUAUGUGGAGGUUCUGGGAGGAGACAUGAUGUCUCAGAGUCAGUCCUUUGGCUCCUAUCUCUCUCCAAUGUCAGAAUUCAGUGAUCUCACCCUCGUUAAACCCAGCAGCACCACAAACUUUACAGACACGCUAAACGUGCUUGAUGCGUCAUUACCAGACAGCGCGUGGACGUUCGAGAGCCAACAGGUGAGAAAGCCUAGAUGUAAAAAGUUAAUGUGUAUACAUACACUAUAUUAUUUAUACUUAACAGUGAUAGAAUGA